CUGGUACCUGGGGAACCUGUGGAAGAACCAUCGGCCCUGGCCUGCUCUGGGAAGAGGCUUCAACACUGGGGUGAUUUUGCUUCUCCUGGAUCGGCUACGGAAGCUGAGAUGGGAGCAGAUGUGGAGGUUGACUGCAGAGAGGGAACUAAUGAGCAUGCUGUCCACCUCUCUGGCAGACCAGGAUAUCUUCAAUGCUGUGAUCAAACAGAACCCAUUCCUGGUUCACCAGCUGCCCUGCUUCUGGAACGUCCAGCUGUCCGACCACACCCGCUCUGAGAAGUGCUACAAAGACGUGUCAGACCUCAAGGUCAUCCACUGGAACUCGCCCAAGAAGCUGCGAGUGAAGAACAAGCAUGUGGAGUUUUUCCGUAAUCUCUAUCUAACCUUUCUGGAGUACGACGGCAACCUGCUGCGACGAGAGCUGUUCGGCUGCCCCAGCGAGGCCGACCACAACAGUGAAAAUCUCCAGAAGACCCUGUCCGAGCUGGAUGAAGAUGACCCAUGCUACGAGUUUCGUCGAGAGCGAUUCACCGUCCAUAGAACACACCUCUACUUCCUCCACUACGAAUAUGAACCCAGCUCUGACAACACUGAUGUCACCUUAGUCGCCCAGCUCUCUAUGGACAGGCUCCAGAUGUUGGAGGCCAUCUGUAAGCACUGGGAAGGCCCCAUCAGUCUGGCCCUGUACCUGUCAGACGCUGAGGCCCAGCAGUUCCUGCGCUACGCUCAGGGCUCAGAGGUGCUGAUGAGCCGCGGCAACGUCGGUUAUCACAUUGUCUACAAAGAGGGGCAGUUCUACCCGGUCAACCUCCUGAGAAAUGUAGCCAUGCGGCAGGUCAACACACCGUACAUGUUCCUGUCAGACAUCGACUUCCUGCCUAUGUACGGCCUCUUCGAGUACCUCAGGAAGUCAGUGGUGCAGCUAGACAUGGCCAACAACAAGAAAGCCCUGGUGGUUCCAGCUUUUGAGACUCUGCGAUAUCGUCUUUCCUACCCAAAAUCUAAGGCUGAGCUGCUUUCUCAGCUGGAUAUGGGCACGCUCUUCACCUUCAGGUACCAUGUAUGGACUAAAGGCCACGCACCAACUAACUUUGCCAAGUGGCGGACAGCCACCACGCCAUACAGGGUACAGUGGGAGGCCGACUUUGAGCCCUACGUCAUGGUGAGGAGGGACAGUCCUGAGUACGACCGCCGCUUUGUGGGCUUUGGCUGGAACAAGGUGGCUCACAUCAUGGAGCUGGAUGCACAGGAGUACGAGUUUGUGGUUCUGCCCAACGCGUACAUGAUCCACAUGCCUCACGCUCCCAGCUUCGACAUCACCAAGUUCCGUUCCAACAAGCAGUACCGGGUCUGCCUCAAGACCCUGAAGGAGGAGUUCCAGCAGAACAUGUCGCGGCGCUACGGCUUCGCCGCCCUAAAAUACAUGACGGCCGAGAACAACAGCUAACCACCACUGCGGGACCCUCACACUCCCAGCCCUGAACUACUGACACACCCCACGGGCUGGGGAGGGGGGCGGCGCAGGAAACAGACGGCCCAUGUGGGACCAUCGGGAUAUUUUGAAACUUGAGUCCCUCAGACUUUUGUUAGAACGUUUGACCCUCAAAAAGGAACUGCGGGGGUCUUUAUGUCCGUACGUUGACCUCUGCCAGGAUGUAAAAGCUGUGAAAGACCACUUGAGUGACUGCUGGGUCUGGACCCCCGGCUGUGUGUGUGUGUGUGUGUGUGUGUGUGUGUGUGUGUGUGUGUGUGUGUGUGUGUGUGUGUGUGUGUGUGUGUGUGUGUGUGUGUGUGUGUGUGUGUGUGUGUGUGUGUGUGUGUGUGUGUGUGUGUGUGUGUCCUGACAGACAGACAGCAGGCAGAGAAAGCAGACAUUCAAUGCCUCGCCAUAUUUGUAAGACCAGUGACAGAGUUGUGGGCUAUGUGUAACAUUAUGUGUGUGUGUGUCUGUGUAUGUACAUGCAGGUAGAUGAAAAGUGUGUGUGUGUGUGUGUGUGUGUGUGUGUUCCUCCAGGACGGCUGCUUAGCAAAAAAAAGCUUAAGGACAGCUGAAGAUGUGAAUCAUUGUGGGGCUUCCACUCUGUUUGCACGCUGCAGAGAGAGGAACGCCUUCCAAGUGCCGCCAAGUAACACAAAGCAGCCGCCGUUUGACAAACAGCACACGACUCAAAUGCAAAUCGUCAGCAGGCGGCGAGAUAAGACAAAGCGACGAACGCGUCCGCACAGAUUUUGAAAGUCUCAUUGUGACGAGUGGCGCACGCUCAGAUAUUUGAGGCGAACAGCCAGCCAGCCGAACAUCUGCUGUUGCUUAAUUUGUUUCAUAGCUGAUACAGAUCAGAAUAAAUCCUCCUCCUCGAGUGACAAGAGAAGUUAAGUGCAAGGAUGGCUGGAGGUCGUGCACGCGGUUGAUAUUCAGGGUAUCUCCACAUCAGCCCGAGUGUUCUGCGAACAAUUGUUUCCCCUGUUUUGUUAUGACUGCACAAUCUGACAGCAUCUGGUGCAGUCUGCUUUUUUUUAUUUUUGUGUGUGUGUGUAUUGUGUGGUCUGCACAAACACACACAAACCUACUGGAAGUGAAGCCCACCUCCCCCCCCCUCUUCCACCAUACAGUAAAGCACCAAUCACUGAGCCCACUGUUUACUUUUCUUUUCCAACAAUCAGUAUUAUUUAUCAGUGUGUUUACAGUCCCGAUGGGUGGAGCGGCCAUGUCUACCCGUGUGCACCGUCAGGAAGAUGUAAGGAGGACAGGAAGGAGAGUCUCAGCUCUGAAACAGCAUUUCUGUGAAAACCACCCACUUGCAGUGAGGAGAGUCUUUCUUUCUGUCACUCUCUCUCCCUCUCUCUCUCUUUCUCACUCUGGCCUAUAGUUUUACAACAUUAUGGUGAUAUCAGCUAAAAACACUGCAGAGGUGUCUGCUCUCCUGUUUGUGUUGCAACACACUGAUGUAGGUUUGUUAUGAAUAUUCUCCUUUCUCUGUCCAGCUGUGACAGACAAAUCCCUCCCCCGAUGUCUCAAGACAGUCACUAUAAUAUACUCAUACUAUAUGA